AUGAAGUACUCGAGGGUGCAGAAGAGAAAGAAGUGGGACGCCACUUCGCUCGACGACGAAUCGUGCUCCAGGUGCGGCAAGUGUCUGACUAAAAUGCAGCUCGUACUACUGUCCGCACUAUUCUGCUCUUCUCUGACGACAGGUGCCGGGCUGGAGAUACGAAAGCUGGACGUACCCAGUAUCGCAGAUCCGAGGUGGGAGAUGGUGUCACUAAGAUGUGAAUAUGAUCUCGGUGGCAAGGAGCUGUAUUCGGUAACGUGGAACAAGGACGGUCAAGAGAUCUUCAGAUUCAUGCCGGGAUCACCGACGCCUAAACGACCUCAAAAUAUCAGCGGACUAUAUAUCGACCUCAACCGAAGUGACCACAAACAAGUGACACUUCUGGGCCCAAACACUGGCAAAGGUAAAGUCGACUUGGCGGGGUCUUACGGCUGCGAGGUGUCAUCCGAAGCGCCAAGUUUUGAGACAGAUUAUAGAGAGGCGAACAUGAGCGUGGCAGUACCCCCUCAAAGUCCUCCGAUACUGGAGGGGAUGCGCCCUUCUUACGAAGUCGGCCAGAUCCUCCAAGUGGAAUGCACGUCAGGGUUAAGUUACCCCCCGGCAGUUUUAACGUUCAUCUUGAACGGUAAAGAGGUAAACAGAGCCUUAACUAAAGACUUGCAUGGAGUUGGCAACAUAGACGGAAAUCUGGUCUCUACGACGCGAUUGGGCUUGACAAUGCGCUUAGAACGACAUCAUUUUUCCGGCGGCAGUUUGACCCUGAUGUGCCAGUCGACACUACCAGGAAUCGCUCAUGACCAGCCUCUCAAUGUCAUCGAAAUCGCCACUCUCGCUGCCAGCAACCAACGUCUCGCCCAAGAACCCCCUAAAUCAGGCUCAGAGUCGAACGUCGAGUUCUACCCGAUUCUGACUUACUGGACAAUGACCGUGAUUCACGUGAUUCGUUACAACAGUCUCAGAUUUCUGCGCGUUUAA